ACAAUUAUCAUUUCAUAUGUAUAUAUUAUAUUAUCACAUAAAUAUAAUUUGAAAAUCAAAUCCAAUUAUCCCCGAUUGAUAUAUAUUAUUGCACCGCGAUUAUUUACUGAAAAUAAAAUAUAUUUAAAUUAAUAGUUUGUGAAUUGUUGUCUUUUGUACAUAACCCUGAAGACGCCGUAAGGCUGUAAGACAUUGUCAAAUAAUUACAAUAAAGAUUGUCCACCCAAAUCUUAGUACCGGUAUUUUUGGUUUAUAAACCUGAGGGUUGAUUUCAACGAUUGAAUUUUGGGCCUAGCCUCGACCAUCAUUACUAAAGUCGGUAUGAUAAAAAAAAACAUAGUCUCAAUUAUCCACUUCAUGAUUAUCUCAUGAAUGAAAGUUAAGCAGCAAAUGGGAUCCUAAUCCAGUAAAUAUUGCAGGCUAGCGUUGACAUCGAGAGUUGGUUAUGGUCUGGAUAAGUUAAUUAAUAUCUAAUUAAUAAUUUAGCUCUUGGAUAAUGUAUGUUUAAUAUAUCAGUGAUAAUAAUGUAUGUUUAAUACAUCACUGAUUGUACGCCAAUCAUUAUUUUGCCAUCGCUCGACUAUGGUCACGGCUACACCAGACGUAUACAAGUCAUUAUUACAAAACUAGUUCACUGGCUCUUUAGUUGUCUUAAAUAAUUCAAGGAAUGUAUUUUCCUGAAAACAAGAUAUACCAUUAUCAUAUCAAUAUUUUAUUUUCCAAUUAAGACCUACUUAUUAACCGUGGCAUUUACCAGAGUAAAAUAUCAAAACUUGAAUAUUCUUGGUAUUUAUUGAUUAUUUUCAUGCAUUUACAAAACAAAGAAGAACAUAAGGUUGGGGACCAGUGAAUAAUUUCAUUUAGCAAAUGAAACUUUGAUAAAGCAACAACAUGACGGAAUAUGACAAGCUAGUUUUACUGUGUUUGUUUCUUAAAACUGUAAUGACUGCUAAUGGUUGUGAACCCGCGGAAAAAAAAUAUGUUUUAGAAAACAAAAAUGUUUUGGCGAGCCGUUGGACAAGAAUGACAUCCGUAGAGAGUCGAGGUUUGUGUGCUUUUGAGUGUCAAAUCGAACUGUACUGUGUGGCCUUUGCGUUUAAUGAACAUGAUAGGGAAUGUUAUCUGUAUGAUAGAGAUAUUACCGGUGAAGUUUAUGAUCAACAUUUGAACACAAAUAUUUACAUAAGUAACACAAGAUGUGGGUUAUUACCUACCAAAGAAAACGCAUCACCAGAAUCAAUGCAAGCUACAUAUGCUGCUGGUGCUAGAGUUAACUACAUAUGUAGUUCUGGUUGUAAUUUAGACGGGUCGCCUCAGGCGCAUUGCCUUCCAUCUGGUGAUUGGCACAUUCCAACAUUUACAUGUAAAGCAAUGAAAUCAUGCCAGGAAGCUUACAAUCUGGGGAUAACAGUUACACCAACCGUAAUCAUCAGACCAGAUCCAAAUGAAGAAGCUGUGACGGUAUCUUGUGAGAUUACAAACAAUGUUGUUUAUACUGUUAUAGGUCAUGAUGUAGCCAAUAAAACGCAUGUAACAGGUUACGAAGCACGCAGAAGUUAUGUGGGAACAAUAAACUACAAUGUUGAUCUGCAACAAGUUAUAAACAUAGUUGAUGUCUCAGCCGAAUGUGAACAAUAUAUUAAAUUUGAAUGUCGUGGUGUUGCAAUAGCUCUAGCUGUUGGAUUAAAUACACGUACUGGUACAUUAGCAACUUAUUUAAUAGGGGGAGUCAAGGGUCAGAAUGAUUGCGCCUGUCAUCGUAAUAAUGCCUGUGUUGAUGGUUUACUAUGUAAUUGUCAAAAGAAUGAUUAUGUAUUAAGAGCUGAUGAGGGGUAUAUUCGAUAUAAAGAAGACCUACCAAUUACUGCUAUCUUGAUCGGUGAUACGGGAGCCAGUUCUGAGUUCGCAUAUUAUACAAUCGGUAAUCUCGUGUGUAAAGGAUAAUUAAAAGAUAAAGUUGGAUUAAAGGAGUCACGGUGCCUAAGUGGGUAAGACGCUGGCUCGCUAGCCUGGAGAUACAUCUAGUUGGAUACCUACUGUAAACAGAUACAUUCAUAUAAAUUACAUGGGUUUUAUUUUACAUAGUUAUUGUCAAAUUUCUAACCCAGUUUAUUUUAUAAUCAUCUAAUUAAAUUUUCGAUGACUAUAAACAUUUCAUGGGUAGUUAUUUUCCCAACAAAACCACUGACAUUGUUUUAAUUAAUUUCAUUUUGAAGUGUGUUAAUGAAUUUGAUUUGAAAAUUUACAAUAAUUUUAUCCCUGCUUUGAACCCCCCCCCCCCCCCGACCGCGCCCACGCACCUUAGACUUCCUGUAUUUAUACUCUGAGAGUCGACAAUUCUAGUUUUUGAUCUGCAACUGUGCCGUGUUAAGCUAGAGGCAAGUGUACCAUAUGAUAUGCGGCCCACAUUUUCAAGCCCUCCACUCUAAGUGUUUCAACUUAUCAAUAACAAUGUAGAAAUUUAAUUACUUUACUAUGAAAGUAAAAUAUUUGUUUGUUGUAAUAUUGAUGUUUAUUUAUUAAAUUAGACCACAGUAAUAACACAUGUUACAUUCGCUGCACUAGCUUAAUGGUUUUUACAUAUAACUGAACAUUGAUGUUUUUAUAUUUUAUUGUAUUCUUGAUCCAAUUCGUGCCACACCAGUCCAAUUCUAGACCGAAAUCUUCCCCUCUAUAUAGUACUAUGUACACAUAUAAAGGUAAACUCCACUAGACACAAACUAAGUCACUUUAGGACUAACAUAUGUUACAAUUUAUUUAAAUAAUUGGCUUACCCACAGUAGUCUUUAGCAGUGAUAGAGCAAGGAGAAAACCCACGGAGUUCGGCAGGCGACCCUACUUCUUGUCUCAAACAAGCGUUGGGAUCUAACGCAUGCCACUUGUCGGUCCUAAAUACAGAUUGGUAGUACACGUGAAAGGUAGCUUGGCGAUUCGAAGACUAGGCAGAAGAUCACUGACAAGGCUAGAGCGCCACCCCC